UUCUGUCUCCCGGCUCGGGGUCCCCCAGAUUCCAGACUACUGCAGUGUCCUUCGUCCGUCCUGUGAGUGGGACCCCCCCACACACGCAUGCAGACCCGAUUCCCACCGCUCCCCUGCCCAGCGCUCUCCCAAUACCGCGGCGCUUUGGGGUGACUUCAACCGGCAGGAAAGGUAGAGAAGGGAGCACGGCCGCCCUCGACCCGGGGCAGAGGGUCCCCAGAAACUUUCUCUGCACUUCUGGAAUCAGACAGACGGGUGGCUCCGGGAUGGAGAGAGGGCGAGGCAGCGCCGAGCGCUCCCCCAGUCUCCCCGGGACUUCAGGGAGAGACCCCCCGACCCCGAGUUGAGGGAAUGGAAACGCUGACGGACUCUAACUAGGACAACGCGCUCCCCCCCGCACCGGCGCCCCCUGGCGCGGUGGGUUGGACCCGGGCCAGAUGCAUGGGGGGUGGGGGGGAGCGCAGGAGGAGCGGCGGCCGGCGGCCGGGGGGAAAGUUACCGGCUGGACUAUUCGGUUUCUUGCGCUUUCAGAGCCGCGCUCUCUCUCGGGUAGUGGGGCUCAGCGACAGCCUCCGAGCGACAUAGAACGACCCCUCUUUCCGCCGCCCCUCAACCCGAGUCCCACCGCUACCUUUUCAAAGCCAGCGCUUGCCCCCCCAGAACCCGAGAGCUAGGGUGGGCGGCUGGGAAGAUUCUACCUACCACCCGCCCGCCCCCCACGGGCGCCGGCGCACCUGCCCCUACCCAGAGUGGGGGUCGCUACUGUGUUGUAGAGCCUACAGUGAGCGCCGCUGGCAGAGGGCUGCCAUUCAGAGGGGUGGGGGGCGCUGCUUUCCACUUCCAGUUUUCUCUCCUCCCACCCCACCCCAAGUCAGCGAGCGACGUGUCCCGGCCAGAGCGAGGGGGGGCCGGGAGUGGGGGGGCGGCGUGGGCAGCGGGUUGUGCCCGGACACGUGCCUGCCCAGGCGCCCCGGCCUUGCUGGUGUUUGGAGAGAGGGCGGGUCCCUUGCCCCCCGCCCCGUACAACCCCCACGUAUCAAAGGGCGGCUGAGACGUGGAAGAGAUGGGGAGCCCCGAGGACGACCUGAUCGGGAUUCCCUUCCCGGACCACAGCAGUGAGCUCCUGAGCUGCCUCAACGAGCAGCGCCAGCUGGGCCACCUGUGCGACCUCACCAUCCGGACGCGAGGCCUGGAGUACCGCACCCACCGGGCCGUGCUGGCUGCCUGCAGCCACUACUUCAAGAAGCUCUUCACGGAGGGUGGCGGCGGAGCCGUCCCCGGGGCUGGGGGCGGCGGGCCGGCCGCCGGGGGAGCAGGGACCGGCGUGUGUGAGCUAGACUUCGUGGGGCCAGAGGCUCUGGGCGCCCUGCUCGAGUUUGCCUACACGGCCACCCUGACCACCAGCAGCGCCAAUAUGCCGGCGGUGCUCCAGGCCGCCCAGCUGCUGGAGAUCCCGUGCGUGAUCGCCGCCUGCGUGGAGAUCCUGCAGGGCAGCGGCCUGGAAGCUCCCGGCCCGGACGAGGACGACUGCGAGCGAGCCCGCCAGUACCUAGAGGCCUUUGCCACGGCCACGGCCACGGCCACGGCCUCGGGAGUGCCCAACGGUGAAGACAGCCCUCCGCAGGUGCCCCUGCCGCCACCGCCGCCUCCACCGCCUCGGCCCGUUGCCCGCCGGAGCCGGAAGCCCCGAAAAGCUUUCCUGCAGACCAAGGCCCGGGCGAACCAUCUCGUGCCCGAGGCGCCUGCUGGGCCCACCCAUGCCCUGACCUACGAGGAGGAGGAGGCGACAGGCAGAGUGGGCAGCAGUCGGGGCAGCGGGCUGGGAGACAGCUACAGCCCUCCCACAGGGACCGCCUCCCCGCCGGAGGGGCCCCUGGGCUACGAGCCCUAUGAAGGUGAGGAAGAGGAAGAGGAGCUGGUGUACCCCCAGACCUACGGGCUGACGCAGGGCAGCGGGCCCCCGCUGUCCCCGGAGGAGCUGGGCUCAGAUGAGGAUGCCAUCGACCCUGACCUGAUGGCCUACCUAAGUUCCCUGCACCAGGACGCCCUGGCACCGGGCCUGGACGGCCAAGACAAGCUGGUGCGCAAGCGCCGCUCCCAGAUGCCCCAGGAGUGCCCCGUCUGCCACAAGAUCAUCCACGGGGCAGGCAAGCUGCCACGCCACAUGCGGACCCACACCGGCGAGAAGCCCUUCGCCUGUGAGGUCUGUGGCGUCCGCUUCACCCGGAAUGACAAGCUGAAGAUCCACAUGCGGAAGCACACGGGCGAGCGCCCGUACUCCUGCCCGCACUGCCCAGCCCGCUUCCUGCACAGCUACGACCUCAAGAACCACAUGCACCUGCACACGGGGGACCGGCCCUACGAGUGCCACCUGUGCCACAAGGCUUUCGCCAAGGAGGACCACCUGCAGCGCCACCUCAAGGGCCAGAACUGCCUGGAGGUGCGCACGCGGCGCAGACGCAAGGACGAUGCGCCUCCCCACUACCCCCCGCCCUCAGCUACCGCCUCGUCCCCCGCCGACCUCGACCUCUCCAAUGGCCACCUGGACACCUUCCGCCUCUCUCUGGCUCGAUUCUGGGAGCAGUCAGCCCCCACUGGGCCCCUGGUCUCCACCCCGGGGCCCCCUGAUGACGACGAAGAGGAGGGGGCACCCACCACGCCUCAAGCUGAAGGUGCCAUGGAGUCCUCUUAAAGAGGGACGAGUGGCCAGGCCUGAGCGGCGCGAGGCGGGGCCUCCCAUGCCAAGCAGCGGGAGCCAUCGGGACAGGCAGAGCCGGGGUCGGCUUCGGAAGUCAGGCCCUCCUCCCCAGAGCCCUCAUUCCAGUCCCCAGAUGAGAAGGUUUUGGGGCAGAGGCUCCCCAGAUUGGGGUGAGCUCCCAAGGAGUGAUCCAUAUAUCAUGUAUAUAUUUACAGCUCUAUUGUAAAGGUGGGGUGCCUGCCCCCAGCUGCUCCUGGGGAGUAGAAGCAAUAAUGUAUUUGA